AUCCGGCCCUGUGCGGAGGCCCCAGGGAGAGGCAUGCCGCGCGUGGUGUCUCGUUCGCCGCCACCCCGCCGGCGGCGGCGCUCCCCGUCGCCGCUGUACGGCAACCGGCGGAUCCGACGAGAUCGCAGCCGCUCCCCUGGGCCCUCCCGAUUGGACAGGAGCCAGUCCCCGAUUCCUAGGAGGCGUAGGACCUCUCCAUCACCGAGGAGACAUAGACGACGGAGAAGUCGGAGCAACUCAAGUUCCCUUGUAAAUAACUCCUGCAGCCCAAGUCGUGGAUCAGAACAGAACAGUUUAAUUGAAAAACAAAAGAAGGAAGAAGAAGAGAAGAAAAGACGCCAAAAGGAAGCUGAACUUAAGUUGUUGGAAGAGGAGCUUGCUAGGAGAGUUGAAGAAGCCGUUAGGAAAAAUGUUGAGGAGCGUCUGAACUCUGAGGAGGUAAAAGAUGAAAUAAAACGCCGAGUUGAGGAAGGUAUCAAAAAGUUAUUUGAUGAGGUUGAUGCUCAGCUACAAAAAGAAAAGGAAGCAGCUCUGCGUGAAGCCAGGCAGAAAAUAGAACAAGAAAGAAGAGAGAGGGAGGAGCUGGAUAAGAUGAUCGAGGAGAACCGAAGGAAAGUAGAAGAAUCUCAAAGAAAAGAAGCUAUGGAGCAGCAUCAGAAAGAGAUGGAGCGAUAUUUGGAGCUGGAAAGGAUCCAAAAGCAAAGAGAAGAAGCUUUACGCAGAAAGAAGAUGGAAGAGGAGGAAGAACGAGCUAAGCAGAUGAAAUUACUUGGGAAGAACAGCCAUAGGCAUUGAUUUUGUGUGUCAUACUGUGUAUUGCUAUCUUGCAAGAGCGCGCAUAUAACUUUUACCGACGCCUGUAAUGACUGUCUUAUGUUAUACAGGUGUCGGUAAUACUCCGUAGAGCUUAGCUACUUGUAUGCCUCCUGCCUGGUUGUAGUGCUAACUUUUUUCUGAAGUUGGCACACUUAAUUGUCGUGCAAGUGCUAGACGCAAUUCCAAGGAUGAAGUUGGCAUGAUUGACUGUCGUGCUGAUAAUACCAAGCGUUCAGCGCAAAUCUUUUUUUCUGAA